AUGCUAGUCAAAUACAGCCACAAUACGGCCUUGAGCUUUGGCCUGCUGGCUUUGUACGUCUGCGUUGCUCAGGGGCAGCAGCAACCUGUCCAAAGCUCCACUUCCUCGUCCGUUGCCUCUGGCAGUCCAUCAUCACCCUCACCAACCUCAACGUCGACACUCUCUGUCGCUUCGACGACGGUGAUAUCGACCAUCACUACCACGUUAUCGAGCGGCCAAUCGCUUCCAACAAGUCUCACCGCCUCGGCGUCUUCAAGCGGAAGUGUAUGGUACAUCCCUAUCACUACAGCCAUUCCGGUCACGGUUGGCCCAUCAGCCACCGCGACAGCCAAUGCAACUGCACCAGCUACCCAAACAUCGUCCAACAGCGCCACUACCGCCCUACCUCUGCACACUGUCGUCGACCCAGCAUUUGGCGUUCUUGGCGCGAUUCUCAUCCUCACGGGUCUACCUAUGGCUUUCUACGGUCAUCGAAACAGGUGGUCUAGCUACUACUUGUCAGGCUUCUUCACACUUGCUCUUAUCUGCAUCUCCAUCAUCCUCAAGGUCGGCGUUGAGCCCGCUGUCAAUCCACCCUCCAAGGCUAUCCGAGGUCUCUUCCUUGUCGCUGCGGUCAUUGCUGGUGCUGUCGGAGGCGUCAUUUCAAUUGUAUUCUGGCGUGGUGCUGGCUUGCUUGCCUGUGGACUUGGUGGCUUCUUCUUUGGUCUCUUCCUUCAAGCUCUCCGACCAGGUGGUCUCAUCCGUCCCGUAGGCCUCCGAUUUAUUCUGUACAUUGGCCUCUAUGCCAUCUUCUUCACUAUUAGCUGCUAUGAGCGUGUCCAUUCCCUCGUGCUUGCAUUGGCCACCGCUAUCAUUGGUUCCACCGCCCUCACGCUCGGUAUCGAUUGCUUUUCGACCCAGGGUCUUAAGGAGUUCUAUGUCCGCAACCUCGGAUUCGAUUCGCUCUUUGCCAACAAGUAUCCGCCCACCUUCCAGAACGGACACUUUCCGCUUGUGCAGGGUAUGCAGAUUGAACUCGGUGUCCUGGGCGCGCUAAUCCUCAUGGGGUUUGCCUUCCAGAUGCGCUUAUGGUCCGACCUUCGGACUCAGCUCUCGGCGCUCAAGCGAUCCGACGAGCGACGCAAUAUGCGAUCCAAAGCCGAAAGAGCUGCACGUGCAGUUGCAUUAACCGCAAAGCGCGAUCUCGAAGAGUGGGAAGCACGACACGGCUACAACAAGACCUCGAGCCGCAACGUCGCCGGUCGAGAUGAGGAAAGCGGCCUGCAGUCACCGUCUUCGGCUGACCCUAAGGACAGCAGAAGCCGCACUAGCUCCUUCAUGACCCUUCUCCGGUCUAACACGGGGCACACACAGGCGCAGACACCGCUCUCCCCUACAGAGAAGCUGGCUGCUUCCCCUGCUGCGUCCAGCGUACUGGACAACGCAGCAUACCCAUUUCCUGCCCAGUCUACUGGCCGUCGCAGCUCGCAGUUCCUCGAUUACAUUCAAAACGGCCCGGAACGCGUCGAGUCUGAAGGGCUGUUGCAUCUCGACCUUCCGUCCCUCAUCUCGCCGCUAGACACGGGUGCGAGUCCUGCAACUCUCUCAACGCCCCAGACAAUCCCGAUGAGCCCUGUCGACCGUUUCUCAAUCGGCGAGAUGCCAAGAUCGACGAGUUUGCUUGCUUCACAGCAGCCUCAGGCCCUCGACCUGACGCGCUCCUCGCCUCCCGAGGCUCCGACCAGCGCUGUAUCAUUCCGACAACGCUCUGCCUCUACAGCAGCCCUGAUGGAUAACUCUGCCAGCUUCAUGGAUCUGGCGCCAGCGAACAAGGAACCGAACAAAUCUGCCAGCGUAUCGGGCCCCACAGGUGCGUCAGAUGCUAGCAGUCCCAUCAACUUGGACAGGCGUACACAGAGUCUCAGCUUGACAUCGGCAUCCGCGAUGAAUUCAAACGCCGCAAAAUACAACGAGUCGGUCGUGUUCGCGUCACAUGACCGUACCUUGUCAAACCCCAUGGCUCCGGUUACUGCACAAAUGGCAGGUGCAGUGCCCAUGACCAAGAGCGUUUCGCAUCAGGAUCAGCUGCAACAUUAUUCUUAUGCAAGACGUACACAGCCAUAUCCAGAACUGUACGUGGAACCGCGUCAGGUCCAGACGCAGCAACCGACUUCCCCUGUGUCGCCCAAUUUCGGUCCAGUCAGGACAAUCAGCGGCGGCCAGAGCGCUACUGUGAUGCAAGCUCGUCGAUCGCUGGCUCUUCGUCGCAGCGAUCAGCCAGCCGUGCCUUGGACUAAUCCUGGCGCGGCAGAUGCCACAUCAGCCCACAAACGGGCCAAAAGCGUCGACGCACAAACUCGAAUGAGUGCCAUGUCGAUCGAAGAACUCGAGGCGCGACACCGCUCCAAGCUGGCCGCUCUGCAGGCUCCUGCUACACAGACAGUCCAGGAUGCUGACGCUCUUCGUAGGGCCAAAGAUGAAUGGGAGAGGAAGCAGAGGGCAGAGAGGAGACGCAUGCAGGAGCGAGAGGCUGAAAGGGCUGCUGCUGCCGCUGCUGCUACCACUACUUCCGCUCGGCCUAACAUGAGCGGGUCAGCAUUGAAUGGCAGGGUAGCGUCGCCAACUCAAGGCAGCCUAGAUCUUAACAGAGCCAGCAGUUCCGGCAUACGAGACGAACGACGACGAUCGCGCAAUCUGAGUGCCACGCUGCUCGAAGCCGUCGGUGAAGAGGUAAGGGAGGGUGGCGACGGGAUCAACCGAGCCGCUGAAUGGCGCAAGUCGAUCUCUGGCGUAGAACAGCUGGAUCCGCGCGCCGCUAAGCCUUGCAAUACUUCCACGCCCAACACUACCCACCCCACUUCACCCCAGCCGACCUCAGGACCAGAGAGAGCUGCGCCCAGUCCCUUUCCGCUUCAGCGUCAAGAACCACGAAAGCGGCUGAGCGAAACCGACCGCCGACGUCUGAGCCAAGGAGCUGGCCGCUACAGUCAGCCUCUCCUUGACUUCAAUCUGCCCAACCGCAAUCCGUGA